AUGUCGAGUGUGCCUGCUCAGUCAACGAGAGACGAGGACGUAUUUCUAGAUGAUCUUCUCUCUUCUUUGACUAAAGGAGCGCCGCAGAAACAGUGCGUCCCGCUGCAAGACAGGACCAAUGUUGCCGAGUGUGUUCCUGCGGCUGCAUCGCAAUGGAUGCCUCAAAAGGCUGCUGUGCCAGUGGCGCUGCCUAAGCUAGAUGCAGCACGCGGCUCUUCCACUGAGCAUGUCAGUAAGCAGACACCCGAUGCGCGACUUUGCAGAAACGUCCAAUCCCGCCAUUUCUCUCGCGCAACCGUGACACGUGUAUACCAACGCCCCUAUGCGAUAACUGAAGGCAACCGCGUAGUGCGUGGCGAGGAGACUGUACUUGAACUGGAUGUUGCGUAUGGCGCAUUCAUGGAAAAGACUGCGCCGGCAAUGGCUAGCUCCUCGCUUUAUUUCCAGUCGCAGCUUGCGUCGGAGCCUGUAAAAAGUGUCGCACUCUUACGCGACGAAUGGCUGCAAACACAUGUGAUACAAGGAGAUACCAUCCAUCUGUGCGGCACAUGGAAGUUGCUCCCAUACGAGCCGCCAAGCACCGCAAAACCAGCGUCCGCGGAAGAGAAAACAGAAGAAGAUGCGUUGUGGGACGACUUGGACGAUGGGGUUUUUAAGACGAUGCUUGCGCAGGAAAUCCAGUAUCCCACCAUGGUUUUGGCAUCGUUUGGCGCCACGAAGAUGAGCGAAAACGAAAAUUUGCUGGUCUUGCAUCCAGACAUUACCAUUUCCUCGUCUCGGCUCGCGAAUGCUGCCUCGUGUUUACGACGUCCCUUAGUUCAAGAACGCAUCAAGUCGCCUACAGAUACAUCGUAUCCCGCCAUAUUUGGUAAUAUUGUCCAUGGCGUCCUGCAAGCAUGUCUCUUACGCACUACCUGUAACCCAUCCUGGACCAAGCUGGGCGACUUUUCAGAAGCAUUCAUCCAAGACACCAUGGAAAAAGAGCUACUGGCCAACUACCCACUGCUUUCCAUUGUCGGCAAAGAAAUCGUCCAAGUGCGCGAAGCAUUGCAUGCGACUAUUCCCUCGCUCGUCUCUUUCGGCAAGACGUACAUGGCGAGCCGCUCUUUCGAUACCAAGCAAGCAGCCUGUGUGGAUGACCCAAACGUACAAGCGCCUGUGCGUGUACGUAUUGUGCGUGUACUGGGAGCAGAAGACGACGUCGUGUCCCCCAUGUUUGGAUUAAAAGGGCGCAUCGAUGCGUGUGCACAGGUUCUUUUAUGGGAACACGAUUCCCCAAACCCCUCUCUGUGCGUUAUGCCCAUUGAGAUCAAGACAGGUCGUACUAUGGCUAACGUUGAACAUAUUGCCCAGACAAGCUUGUAUACCCUCCUUGUUGCCGACCGCUACGGCGCACCUGUGCCCUCAGGGCUGCUUUUCUACGCCCAGUCGUGCACGCUACGCCGCGUUCAUCCCGCUUUCCGCGAGUUGCGCAGCUUGAUUCUGAUGCGCAACGAAAUGGCAAGCUACCGUAUGCGGCUUCCUUCCGUACACAUUGGUGAAGAAUCGCAGAGCGACGACGAAUUUGACUCUGAGUUUGCUCCGCUGCACGAUCCAACGCUUCCGCCCACGCUCGACGAUGCGUAUCGCUGUGGGCAUUGUUACUCUCGCGAUGCAUGUAUGCUUUAUCGUACGGCGGUAGAAAAUGUUGUGGAUACAAACUCACCGAUCGCAUCCUUGUACAAAGAACAAACGCAAGAGCUCGACAAUGUCGACAAGGCAUUCUUUCGCGACUGGGAUGCGCUUUUAGCUCACGAGGAAAAGGGGCUUUCACGGUACCAAAAAGAGCUGUGGACAAUGACGGCCGCUGCCCGAGAGCGUCUUGGCCGCUGUAUCCGAGGCUUGCAGCUCACACUCGACGACUCGGAGCGGUGCCAUUUUGUACUCUGCAGGCAUGAAACGGACCGCAGCCCUUCAUCUACGUUUGCUACUGAUGAUGUAGUGCUCCUUUCUACCGACACUCCGCAUGCGUCGUUUGUGGGACGCGGCCGAGUCGCCAUGGUAAAUGCACACUCGAUCGAAUUGCGCAUGGAAAACAACUGGAAGGAAGCUUUGCAGCAUGCAAAAGAGCUUUACGACACGAGUGCUUUUUCUUACCGCGUAGACCAGGAUCAUCUCAUGUCGAUGAUGGGGACGCCGCGGUACAACAUCGCCUGUCUCUUUUAUCCUAACAUGCCGCUGAAUGUGCAGCGGCUGCGGCGACGUGUAGUGCACCUUGACGCCCCCCAAGCGAAAGUAUCGCUCGACGUGCUUGUGGAGGCGCUGGUCGAGCGCCACACGACGCACUUGAAUCGCGACCAAAAAGCCGCCAUUCGCAAGGCGCUGCUUGCAAGAGACUAUGCAUUGAUCCUUGGGAUGCCAGGCACCGGAAAAUCAACCACCAUUGCAGCCUUGAUCAAGAUUUUGGCUGCUGCAGGACAGCGCGUUUUCCUGUGCAGCUAUACGCACUCUGCCGUCGACACCAUUUUGACCAAGCUUGUCGAAGAAAAUGUGGAUAUUUUGCGCAUAGGUCCGACGCAUCGCAUCCAUCCUCGCGUCCAGCAAUUCAGCUUUGCCGAACGCCGAGGCCUUGAUCCACGCCCAGAAGCAUAUGAAAUCACGAUCCAGCAGGCCAGCGUUGUGGCCGCGACGGCGCUCGCCAUCAACGACCCCAUCUUUGCGCGGCAGACAUUCGACGUAUGCAUUGUGGAUGAGGCAAGCCAAAUUACAGUCCCGACAUGCCUUGGUCCGCUGCGUUUUGCCGAGCGGUUUGUCAUGAUUGGCGACCACUUGCAGCUUGCGCCGCUGGUCAAAGACACGGUGGCUGCCCAAGGCGGAAUGCAAACUAGCCUCUUCCAGCGCCUUUGCAUCGCACAUCCGUCCAGCAUUGCGGAACUGCACGAGCAGUAUCGUAUGAAUACGCACAUUAUGCAUUUUAGCAACGCGUUGGUAUACAACGGGCGACUGCGCGCUGGGAACGAGGCCGUGGCGCAAUCGACGUUGAUGUUUGCAAAGGACAAGGUGUGCGUCCAGCCUGCCUGGCUGCAGCCGAUUUUAGCCCCCGACGUACGCGUCGCAUUCUUGGAUACGGACAAAAUCCCAGCGAGAGAAUCGCGCACGGAGGCGCAGGUAGAAAAUGUGGAAGAGGCACGCGUGCUCGGCGACUUGUGCAACGCAUUGCUUACAUGCGGCGCACGCGCAGAGCAUAUCGGCGUCUUGACGCCCUACCGACAGCAGAUGCGUUUGCUGCGCGCUAAAUGUUACGGCGCAGAAGUCCUGACGGUAGACCAGUCUCAAGGAAGGGACUGGCGCGUCGUCUUGGUCUCGUUUGUCCGCUCGAAUGACAUGCAUGCAGCCGGAGAGCUGCUGCGCGAUAUGCGGCGCCUAAACGUGCUGCUUACCAGACCCAAAAGCAAGCUCAUCAUGGUCGGCAGUCGCACUACAUUGCAAGGGCGCGUCGAGGACCGAGAAAAGCCCAUGCCGCGUCUCCUGGCCAUGCUGCAGGAAUGUGCCGCAAUAUUCAGCAUUCCCGCGUCCAGUGUGCCAAACCCGACGCGCAUCUCGCCGAGCAAACAGCGCCAUGUUAAAGUAGCACGCAUCACACAGACCAAACGGCCUGUGCUGCAGGAAGUGCUGGAGGAGCAAGAGUAG